CCAGCUAGCUAUCGAGCUAGCUUCCUGUAAAAUGGCCAGCUGGGGAAGGGUCGCCGCCGUCUUGAGGAACGUUUGGAGGAGCCCUCGGUCCCUCAAAGGGUUAGCACUGCGCCGAGCCGUGGGACCCGGUCUCCUGGGCUCUGUUAUCGGAGCUGGGGCUUUCUGUUAUUACCAGUAUGGUGCGAACAACACGACUCUACCCUUCGCCGUCUACGCCGAGGUUCCCAAAUUGCAGGUCGCUGCCGCAGCCCCAUAUCCGUCCGCCAGGAAGAUCCGCUUCGACAAGUUCGCCUCGGUGGUCUACGACCAGGAGCCCUACAUGACCCCGAGGGACUUCCUGUUCUCGGUGAUGCUCGAGAACGUUGACCGAAAGCUGCAGAAGAGAAACCUAACAGCCAAAGAGGUUAACGACAUGCUGGGGGCCGCCUCUAAAUCCCUGGCCGGUAACGAGCUGUUCAGAUCCAUCGGAGACGACGGUUUGAUAUCCUACACAGAGUAUCUGUUCCUGCUGACCAUCCUGACCAAGCCGGGCACAGGAUUUCACAUAGCUUUCAAAAUGCUCGACGUUGACGGCAACGAGCACGUGGACCAAAAGGAGUUUCUCAAGCUGAAGAAAAUCCUUGGGAAAAAUAAGAGGCGAGUCCCCAAGGACAGCAUGGAGAAACCAGCUGAGGACGGGGAAAGCGCCAACACUACUCUGCAGGCCUACUUCUUUGGCAAGAGAGGAGAAAACAAGUUGCAGUAUCAGGAGUUCCACAGGUUCAUGGAGAACCUGCAGGCCGAGGUCCAGGAGAUGGAGUUCCUGCAGUUCUCCAGAGGUAUGGACACCAUGCGGAGAGAGGACUUCGCGGAGUGGCUGCUCCACUACACCAACGUGGAAGACAACGAAGUCUACUGGCAGAACAUUAGGAGGAGGAUCCCCGCCGGCCAGAGUAUCACAUUUGAUGAGUUCAAAGCCUUCUGCCUCUUCGCCAACAACCUGGAGGACUUCGCCUUCUCCGUGAAACUGGUGACCGGAGCCAACCGUCCCAUUGGAAUGGCCCAGUUCAAACGAGCCGUGAGGAUCGCCACGGGCCACGAUCUGUCCGAGAGCGUGCUGGACACGGUGUUCAAACUGUUUGACAUGGACGGAGACAACUGCCUGAGCCACAAGGAGUUCAUGGGCGUGAUGAAAGACCGUAUGCUGCGAGGUCUGAAGGUGAAGCAUCAGAACGGCCUUUCCGGUUACUGGAGGUGCGUGAAGCGCGAGACCCUGAAAGCAGCCAAGGAGGCCCUGGGAGCAGAGACCGGGUGCCCCUUCUGAACCACGUCAAACAAAGGAUUUACACCACGAUCUUGUGUAUAGAUGCUAGGUUUACAGAUCACCUGUCUGAUGUUGGCUAAAGAGCAGGUUCUAGUUGUGUUUACAAGACAUUUGUAUUAUUUGGUGCAGUGCUGUGUGCUUAAAUCAAGUCGUGCGUUUUCUAUUCAGAAUGUGUGAUUGCUUUCUCAUGACGUUUGCACUCUAGACAUUCCCACACGUCUGGAACGUUCACGUCCUUUUAAUUCAGUCACCAAUCAUGGUUUUUCCAAUGGCUCCUUUUUUUGGUGUGGGGUUUUCACCUUUAUUUUUUAAAAUAUUUAUCAAAUAGUUUCUUAAAAAUGCCGUUGUCUCAACUUUGUGCUGCACGUGAGGCUGAAAGAAUAAAGUGUCUGACUCGUAA